ACUCGAAGAGAAUAUGUGAGUCACUGUCAUGAGCGCAGAUAGGUGCAGAAAAGACCAUUUAGCUGAACGCACUGCGUUCUCCUCGCCACUGCGUUGACAACUGGAGUCGAAAACGCUUCUCGCCGCUUCAAUGUCUGGAUAAUACCGAGCUCAAGGAAAUCCUUAUUAAGCAUAAAAGAUAAUCAAGUUGAAUGUUUUGCCAAAGUUAAACUAUUUCCAUGCAAUCAGGUGCAGUCAACGACAAUGAACGAGUAUUUCUCUUCGAACUCCACCGCCAAGGAGGAGCCCAGCUGGUUCGAGCAGACCGAUGACAAUGUCUCUCUGGAGCUGGCGUCCUCCGCACCGGAGCCGCGGCUCAACCCCUGGGACGUGGUGCUUUGCGUUUCGGGGACGGUCAUCUCCUGUGAAAACGCCAUCGUGGUGGCAAUCAUUUUCUACACCCCUGCUUUAAGAACUCCAAUGUUUCUCCUGAUUGGCAGCUUGGCCACUGCGGACCUGCUAGCCGGAUUGGGGCUCAUCGUUCAUUUUGUGUUUUUGUACUGUAUCCGCUCAGAAGCGGUCGAUCUCAUCACCGUAGGCUUGCUGGUCACUUCCUUCACGGCCAGUGUGGGGAGCCUUUUGGCCAUCACCAUCGACCGCUACCUCUCCCUCUACAAUGCACUCACCUAUUACUCCGAAAGGACUGUGACUCGGACUUACAUCAUGCUGAUCCUCACCUGGGGGGUUUCGAUCUGCUUGGGGCUUCUGCCUGUCAUGGGAUGGAACUGUUUGAAAGACGUGUCCAGCUGCAGUAUAGUCAAGCCCCUGACCAAAAACAACGUGGUGAUCUUGUCCGUGUCCUUCUUCAUGGUGUUCGCCGUGAUGCUGCAGCUGUACACGCAAAUCUGCAAGAUAGUUUGCAGGCACGCCCAUCAGAUCGCUUUACAGCGGCACUUUUUGUCAACGUCGCACUAUGUGACCACCAGGAAGGGCAUCUCCACGCUCGCCGUCAUCUUGGGGACUUUCGCCAGCUGCUGGCUACCCUUCUCCAUCUACUGCCUUUUGGGUGAUUACACCUACCCCUCCUUGUAUACCUACAUUACCCUCUUGCCUGCUAUCUAUAACUCCAUGAUCAACCCCGUCAUCUACGCUUUUCGAAACCAAGAAAUCCAGAAGGUCCUGUGGGCAGCUUGUUGCGGCUGCGCCUCUUCGAAAAUGUCUUGCCGGUCCAGGUCUCCCAGCGAUGUAUAGCGACGGUCUUACUGUGGACCAAAUGCUGUGACCAAAACUAAAAAUAAUAAAAUAAAAUGACAUGAAAUGAGAUGCAUCCCCGUGAGCAGCAAGUGGCGGCUGAUGUGCUGCAAAAGCAAAAGCGGCCUUCACGAGUACGCACUGCUGCUCACCACACUCUGCAAAGGCACUUAAACAUGAAGUCAGCGCUGUAGCCUCACCGAUCCGAGCCCACCUAUCCCCCCAUGAUCGCGUGGAGCGCGCACGUUCUCCCCGUGUGAAAGUGGGGCUUCAUCCCACCAAAGACGUGCAGGUCCAAAUUGGCCCGUGUGUGUGUGUGAGACAGAGAGAGUGAGAGUGAGGACCCUGCGACGGAUUGGCGCACCGUCCAGGGAUUGUUUCCUGCCUUCAGUCCAGCGCUGCCGGGAUAGGCUUCUGCCUCCGCGUGAUGCUGAACUGGCUUAAACAGGUGUGAAAAUGUGAUGUUAAAGGCAGGGACGCUACGUUGAUGUCCAUGUCCCAUGAGUAUGCUGCGCUUUUGGGAUAAAAAAUCUGCUAGGAAGAGGUUUCGUAUCAUUGCAGAAUUAAAUCAGGAUGACUGCUAAUAGGACCGUAUAUGCUGGACAAGAAUAUAAUGCAGGAAAAGAGAGAUCGAUAGAUGACAGGCACUAUAUAAUAGAAAAGAAAGGAACGACGCAAAAUACGCCAAAUCGGUCAAUUUAAAAGCGGACUAGAACCUAAAUAUUUCAGAUAUACCGAGAGAUAACCCGCCGAGAAUAUCACUUGAAGUGCUGCCUGCUGCUUCGCUCCACGGGUUUCAAUCGAAGUGACUUGCUCUACCCUACUGAAUGCUCUUACAUAAUUAAUAUUAUUAAUACGUUAAUAGGCACUACGCGUGCUUGAAUGCAGGCACCAACUGCCACACAAUCAGCUAUAGUCGAUUGUUGUGGAUUUAAUAUUCGAGGACAGCGUUGGCUUGGGUUUUCAGCACUCCAUUGCAUUUGGAAAGCUGGAAGAUUCUGAAGCUGGAUGACGUCGUUUCCGAGUCUGAGAGCCUUAGACUUUUUAAAUGCUUGGAUGGAUGGAUGGAUAGAUAGAUAGAUAGAUAGAUAGAUAGAUAGAUACUAACACGACAGACAGAUAUGACUGGCGCUAUGUAAUAGAUACAUAGACAUAUGGAAGGUUCUGAAGUGGAUGGCUGAGAGAGCCUUAGAUAUUUUAGAGGAUUUGGCUCAGUUAUCCACUUUAGGACCUUCCAUAUGCAUGUGGAGAAUCUUAGCAUCAAGUCGGAAUAACACUAAUAUAUAUAUAAUGCAUUAUUAACUGUUAUUCCGACCUGGUACUGUUUCUGGUGAUAUUCUUCGCGUAUUUCCUAUUAUACAGAUUGAGAGAUUCCGAGCGGAGCCGCGGCUCUGAUAUUCUCCGCAUAUUCUCACUGCCAGUCCCCCGGGCCGUAAUGCAUUCCUCACAUUGUGGUGCUCUUCUGACCCCUAUCGGUCACAACGAAAUUUGUACGUAAAGAUGGCCUGAAAUUGCUGGAAAAACUGCAGGACUGAAUUUGAACAGACUCAUGAGCCUUGCGUUCAGAAACGAGGAGGGUGUUUUUGUAUUAUGUGCCUAAAACGAUAGCCAAACACUCUAACGUGGAGUAUCCGACAUUUGCACUAUGCUCAUACGUGUGGUAGGAGAUCAUGCAACAUUUAAGCAGAUGUGUUCAAAAGAGUUCAAACAUGCAGGGCUUGGUUUUCUAAAGCUGAUUCAGUGUUUACACAUUGCUCCGUUUGGCCCCCUUUUUUGUUUAACAUUCCUAAUCAUAACUUGAAAAAGUAAUAAAAAACAUCAGUGAUUCUUUUAGUCAUCAGUGGCUUUUGAAAAUCAAGCCCAUGUCGAUCACAAAUUUGCAUUGCUGCGGUAAUCCUAUCUGUAAAUGAUUUUGAAACAUUCAUUUUUGCUGUGAAUCUAUAAAUGAAUUCUACUUUUUGCCAAAUUCUAAGAGCUAAUGAAACUACAAUGGAUGAGUUUAUUGUAUGUACUGUGUUCGAUUUGCACAAAUAUAAAUUCAAAUGAGGAGGGGGAACAGAACAAAAAGUAUCAAUGCGAGGCACUUUGAAACUAAACUUCUUACUGUAAUGUUGCACAAAUCUUUUAAUGUAUAUAAAAUGUCUAAAUGAACAACUUCUUUUGUUUAAAUGGGAAUGUAUAAUGUUCUUGUUUACAAUUCAAAAAUAAAAAUUAAUUUCUUA